GCGAGGAAAUUGCCUGGCAAUAAACAAUAGCCUCCUGCCGCUGCAGCGCCAGCGCCUCCUCUCCAGGUCAGCGCCUCAGGAGCUGUCCAGCCCCGCCGGGCGCGCGCCACUGGAGCAGCGGCUCUCUGUGCAGCCCGGCGUGCGGAGCUCCGCCGCCUCCGCCCAGCCAGCCGCUGUCCCUCCCCCGGGGUGCUGAGCCCGAGCGCCGGGGGCCAGGCUGGGGCAUGGGCAGGGAAGGCGGCAGCGAUCGCCGCCUCGGCGGGCCUGUCUGCUGACCCGGCCGGCCCGGCGCCGCGGCCAUGGAAGAGGAGCUGAAGUGCCCGGUGUGCGGCUCGCUGUUCCGGGAGCCCAUCAUCCUGCCCUGCUCGCACAACGUCUGCCUGCCCUGCGCCCGCACCAUCGCCGUGCAGACGCCCGAGCGCGAGCAGCACCUGCCCGCCUUGCUGCAGCCCCGGGCCCCAGGGGCCGCGGCAGCCGGGCCGGCGGCGGGCUCGGAGGCUGAGGGCGCCGCGGGGGGCGGCGGCGGCGGCGGCGGCGGGGAGCACGCGGACAAGCUGAGCCUGCACAGCGAGAGCGACAGCGGCUACGGCUCCUACACCCCCAGCCUCAAGUCCCCCAACGGGGUGCGGGUGCUGCCGCUGGGGCCGGCCCCGGCCGGCUCCUCCUCGGCGGCGGCUCCCCGCGGGGCGGGCCCCAGCUCGUCCCUCACCUGCCCGCAAUGCCACCGCAGCGCCUCCCUGGACCCGCGCGGCCUCCGCGGCUUCCCGCGCAACCGGCUGCUGGAGGCCAUCGUGCAGCGCUACCAGGAAGGCCGGGCCGCCGCCAAGUGCCAGCUCUGCGACCGCAGCCCGCCCGAGGCGGCCGCCGUGGCGUGCGAGCAGUGCGAGGUGCUGUACUGCGCCGCCUGCCAGCUCAAGUGCCACCCGACCCGGGGGCCCUUCGCCAAGCACCGUCUGCUGCCCCCGCCCAGCCUCCCGGGCGGGCCCGGCGGCGGCAAGGCGGCGGGGGGCGCCCGCAAGUUGCCCACCUGCGCCGAUCACGAGCUGGAGAACUACAGCAUGUACUGCGUGAGCUGCGGCACCCCCGUCUGCUACCAGUGCCUGGAGGAGGGCAAGCAUGGCCAGCACGAGGUGAAAGCCCUGGGGGCUAUGUGGAAACAGCACAAGACACAGCUGUCUCAGGCUUUAAAUGGUGUUUCAGAUAAAGCAAAGGAAGCUAAAGAAUUUUUGGUUCAGCUGAAAAAUAUAUUACAGCAGAUACAGGAGAAUGGGUUGGACUAUGAAGCUUGUCUGGUUGCUCAGUGUGAUGCCCUGGUUGAUGCAUUAACUCGUCAAAAGGCAAAACUGCUCACAAAAGUUACCAAAGACCGUGAGCACAAAUUAAAGGUUGUUUGGGACCAGAUAAAUCACUGUACGUUGAAGCUACGUCAGUCAACAGGGCUUAUGGAAUACUGUCUUGAAGUAAUCAAAGAAAAUGAUCCCUCUGGUUUUUUACAGAUUUCAGAUGCUUUAAUCAAACGUGUUCAGGUGUCUCAGGAACAGUGGGUCAAAGGAGCCUUGGAACCAAAAGUAUCAGCUGAAUUUGACCUGACUCUGGAUAGUGAACCUUUACUACAGUCAAUUCACCAGCUGGAUUUUAUUCAAAUGAAAUGUAGGGUUCCCAUUACAGUGCCACCAGUCCCGUUACUGCAGCUGGAGAAGUGUUGUACCCGAAACAACAGUGUGACAUUGGCCUGGAGGAUGCCACCCUUUACCCACAAUCCAGUGGAAGGGUAUAUCUUGGAACUUGAUGAUGGAGAUGGUGGCCAAUUCCGAGAAGUGUAUGUUGGCAAGGAGACCCUAUGCACAAUUGAUGGCCUUCAUUUCAACAGUACCUACAAUGCAAGAGUCAAAGCUUUUAAUUCAUCAGGAGUUGGCCCUUAUAGCAAGACAGUUGUUUUACAGACAUCUGAUGUGGCCUGGUUUACCUUCGACCCCUCUUCAGCCCAUCGGGACAUAGUCCUAUCGAAUGACAACCAGACUGCCACUUGUAGUAGUUACGACGAUCGUGUCGUUCUGGGCACGGCAGCCUUCUCCAAGGGUGUACAUUACUGGGAACUACAUGUGGAUCGUUAUGAUAACCAUCCAGAUCCGGCUUUUGGAAUUGCCAGAAUUAAUGUGAUCAAGGACAUGAUGCUAGGAAAGGACGACAAGGCAUGGGCCAUGUAUGUUGACAACAACCGCAGCUGGUUCAUGCAUUGCAAUUCUCAUACAAGUCGGUGACUCUGCACACAGGACUGGAAGUACCACAGAGCGUAAGACAGCCAAAGCUGCCCAGUAACUAACUGAGCUCCUGCUGCCUAACCCUAUGCUGGAUUUUGUAAUCUUUCUAAAUACAAUUUGUCAUUAUUCGCUGUCAGUAGAAAAGCAGUGUCAUCCCCAAAUUAGACUAACACUUAUGCAGAACAUUGCUAAUUAGCACUGUGUGAUCUGAUAAUUAAUAUUAAUCCACAUCCAUUUUUAGUUUUACACUGGUAACAAGAAUGCUUCUAGAAUGGGGUGUUUUAUUACAAUGGGUGUGCAUUCCUGCAUUUUAGUACAAAAGCACAUAUAUACAGCACACUACAGACACAUAGUGACAGCUAAAAUGAGCACAUUUUCCCUUUCAUAAUUGGAUCUGCGCUUCACAUGAUUAUUGUGAAUGGAUGAUUAACAGUGAGGGCAAUUAACCAUUAGAACAAUUUAUCUAGGGAGGUGAUGGAUUCUCCAUCACUUGAGUUCUUUAAAUCAAGACUGGUUAUCUUUUAAUAGCUAUGCUAUAGUUCAAACAGAAGGUAAGGGCUUGAAGCAGAAAUUAUUGGGGGAGGUUCAUUGCCCUGUGUUAUGCAGGAGGUCAGACUAUGUGAUCAUAAUGGUCCCUUCUGACCUCAAAUGCAUUUAUGAAUUAUGCUCCCACUGACUUCAGUGGCAACAAGAUUAGGCCCUAGGUACUUUUAUACAAAAUUAGUGCUCAUUUUAGUUUAGCACUAGGAUAUAUACCUAGUGAGGGUUAAAACUGCUCAGUAAACCUUAGUGCUUCUCAUUUCAGUGUGACUGCAGUGGCUUUUGGUCUCACAAAUGGGAGAACUCAUUUCAGUUACCUGCAACAAUCGUCUUCUGAAAAGGGAGCAGAGGAGAGUCCAGUGAAAUCACAGAUGUUUCUUUGAAAAUGGUAUACACAAAAUAGACUGUGUUGGGAAGAGGAGUGAUACUUUAUAGCCUUGAUCCUGAUAGGUGCUGAGCACCUGCAGUGCCCAUAGAUUUCACUGGGAGUUGUGGAUGGGCAACAUCUCUUGGGAUCAAAGGUCUUAAUUUUCUACUCAGCUGGGAUGAACGAAUUAAGGCCCUGAUCCAGCAAAGCACUUAAGCACAUGCUCAAAUGCUUUGCUGAACUGGGGCCUAAGAAUCUGGUAGGUUUUGACUUUGUCUUGCACCUCAGGAAUUUUGUGGUCACCUGAAACAUAUGAAAAUGAGAUGCCUUGUCAAAUGGCGUCCACAAAAGUAAGUGACUGAUUGGCUACUGACAGUUUCAAUCCAUGGCAAAACUAGGCAGCACCUUUGCCAGCAUGCAGUCAGCAGUAAAUAUUUUGAUUUUCAAUUUCUUUGUCUCUCUCAACAAAAUAAUGUGUGCAUGUGUGUAUUUUGCUGAGGGAAGAGUGGUUAACUGAGCUAAUUUAUAGUAGCCAGCCCCAACAGAUUGCAUCAUGACACUGCACCUAGAACUCUGCCCUCAUGAUACAGCCUAAACAUGGUGCUAAUAGACAGAAACACCAGAGUCUGCUGCAUACUAUUGUUAUACUAUUUCCUUUGUAAUCAUGCUUCCUACACACACAUAUCUGUACACAUACACAUGUGUAUGACCAUGCCCUUUAUAUAUAUAUAAUGGCACACAGAUUUUAAUAUGUUGUGUGGUCAGUAAACCUGAAAAGUAAUUUUUAAACCAGCUCACUGCCUUGUGUAAAACUUUAGGCACAGGUCUAUCCAAGGAGCUCUUCAUGGAUGGGAUGCUGGAAAUAAGGCACAUUGCUGCAGGCGCAUGUAUGAUCUCCAGCUUAAGUGCAUUCCCCACUACAGGUAAUACCAAGUGAUGGCAGAUUCCAAUGUGACAGAGGGUCUUGCACUUCUGGUUACAGGAAAGACGCCAUCAUAAUGAACAGCCAUUGGGGAGGGAUGAAAAAUGGGGUAUUAGAGCAAGCCAGAAUGAAGUAGUAAGUUAAAAGUAAUCUAUAACCAUCUGUGCAGGAUGCUUAUUGCCACCCAUUCGCUUUACCCAGCUUCCCCUUACAGAACAGAAAUGUAGCUUCUUUUAUAUCACAACUGAACUAGAAAGCAUAACAGAAAAAAAAACCCACCCCUCAAACUGUUAAGUGGAAGAGCAGAUAUACUUUCCUCCAAGACAGCGAUAUGUUCUAUUAGUGCAUUUUCAGACACAGAAAUAACUGUGGUGUGCUAAUUUCAGUUUGUUAAACGUUUAGCAGAGACCAACUGUGUUUUUUUUUUUGUCUGUUGCUUUUAAAUACCAUCUGAUCCUGUGCAGGAUUUUUUAAUUCAGUGGGUCUGUUUUAAGCCUACCUCAGCUAGAAUGCUACAGGACCCUGAAUUUCCUCUUGUGUGUGCUCGCUGUAAAGUUGUCUUCUGCUAACACAGAAGUUGUAACAAUAGCCUUGGCUUUGAGUACAGCUUUACAGAGCAGCACAUGGGAAUGUUGUGUUUUAAGUUGCAUAUGGAUUUUUAUACUACGUAACAUCCGGUGACAAUUUUUGAUACGAGAAAGCACUCCACUUUUACUUUUCUUAUUAAAAACAAGAGCACUGCUUGUAUAGGACAUAAGGACUGAACUUUUAUCUUUACUCCGAAUAUCUGUGAAGUAAAAUUCACAUGAAUUUAAAUCCUUCCAAUCCACAACCACUGCCAGAUGUUUAAAGUGAAUUCUGAAAGGGUUUUGGAAUUGCUUUUGAUAUCUAUGUUGUUUUUGUUUUUCAUAAGUGCUUCUGUAUCAUUCCUUGUGUGUCACUCCUCAGGGUGCAGUUGAAGUUUAUUUUUCUUUUUAUUAAUGAAAAAUACAGACUGUUACAGGUUUCAAAGAGCUAAUGAAAUGUGGUGGGACAGGCUCCAAAUUUGUGCAGAAACACAUGGAUCUCUCCAUUGCUGUUCUCUGCACAUUCCAGCACUGGUAAAAGUGUGAUGCAGACUAGUUUAAACUGUAGUCCCCUUCCAACCUAGAGAAACUGCAGAAUGGAGCAGUUAGAAAUAUAUAUCCUGUAUUAACAUUGUCAAUUUGAAUUAGACUAAGUCUAUAGAGGAUGAGUCUAUUUUUGGUUGCGUAUGUGUUUAUUUUAAGGACUUAUAUUUGAAACUAGACCAAGUUGCCCUUAUGAAGAAAAUUUUAAUGACUUAAGCUGCAUGCAUUUUGGUAGCUUGUCUAACGGGGUAAUGAAAAAAUAAUUAGAAACAGACUAUGAGACUAGUUCUGCAUUUGAAUACACAUGUAGAGCUCCCAUGGCUUUAGUGGGAAUCUCAUGUGUGUAUGUGAGGGCAAAAUUUGUCCCUUUAAUACCAGCACUGCAUGAGGAAUGAAAGCAAUUCACUCCUCUGUUUAGGCUAGAAGUAAUUCACUCCACUGUAGAUCACUAACACAAGGCCCUUCCAUCCACAAAGGCCUGCUGGCUCCGUGUUCCUCUACUCAACAUCUGUGCACAGAGGGGAGCCUGUGUCUGUAGAAAGUCGGGGGAGGAAGAGCAGUCUCACCUCAGGUGCAUAUUCCUUUCCCUUCCACUUCCCCCAAGCACCUCCUUGGGGCUGCAGCUCUGCAGGCCUUCAGGGGCUCCUCCAGCUUCUCCUCACACAAGCUGUGGGGCCUACAAUUGAAAAGUAAAACAGUCUUUCGCUGAAUUAACUCAUAUUGCCACUACCCCCAACCCCUUCUUUAGCAGGAAGCCCAUGGGAGUAUGGUUCUCGCAGAAGUUGGGCUGUUGAUGGGCCAGGAAGGACCAAUGGGGCUGGAUGGUAGAGCAGGGACAAGGGAGUCCAUUUGGGAUGCCCCUUGCUUCCUUGAGAGCUGUGUAGAUCUCUGGAGAUCGAGCUUCCAGCUUCUUGUGUGUAUGUGAAACUCUGCCUCCUGGCCAGCUGGACAAGCAUAAAAGUUCUCUCAUGGAGUUUCCUCUACUCCCCUGGGACAGAUUAUCCCAGGUGAGGGUGAGCAAGGCCUUAG